AUGAACGAACAAACCCUCUCCAACGAUGCCGAAAGAAAAAGUCCGGCGGGUUCGGCUACAUUGUCUCACUCAAAGCGUGAGUUCUUCGUCGAGCGCGUGAUGCCACGUACUUGCUGAGAUGAUCUCAACUGCAGCCAGUAUAUUCCGCCUACGUCCGGCUUGGCCGCGUUCCAAUCGGUGCAGCAAACUACGAGUUUGACCUUCAGGGCCGUCCCAAUGCGAUACCGGGAGAGUUGAGCUGCCGCAUGCCCGGCCAAGAUGGCGACCCGUACUGCGGACGGACAUACGGGAUGUACAGAGAGCUCCGCAAACACUUCAGAAACGUUCACGAAAUACCGUGUCCUCCGCCUUUAAAAGCCAGAGUUUCCGAGGAGAAAAGAAUGGAAUUGGAAUGUGCGCACUCGGGCCUUUGAACUAAUUUGAUGCAAGACUUCCAUGUUGACUUGCUACAGGGGCUUUCGCCGUCUUGAUGUCGCGCGAGGUUUGGGAUGCAAGUAGUCUCCCCAGCACUCAAGAUGCUCUAGGCCAAUCUAUUAGCCAGGCUGCACAACUUACCCAUGAUCUCAGCAAUCGGCAGGUUGAUGUCCUCGGCGAGAAUUACGAUGAGGAAAACGGAUCCGAUGAUAAGCUCGCUAUAGGCCAAUCGACCAGCCAGGGGACAUCAUCUGCCCAUCACUCCGGCGAUUCGCAGGCCAUGGACGUCGAUGAAGAUGGCGACAACGAGGAGGAGGUGGAAGGUUACGAUGAGCCUGCUGAAGGCCAAUCGGCCAGCCAGGCACCACCAUCUGAUCACGGCGACCCGCAGGUCAUUGACAUCGGCGAGGAUGACGACAAGGAAGCUCAAGACGACGACGACGAACCUGCUGUCGUGAAGAUCGAAGGCAGUCCAGAGGAGAUUGACCAGAAGUUCGAGCUAGACAACAGUGUGUUUGACGAUGCCGCAAGUCAUGCACCGGGACCAGACGAUCUCUAUCGACCUUCGCAUCCUCCGUUUCCACGAUAUGGCGAAUCGGAUGACGAAGACGAGACUGACCUUGAGCUGGAGCUCGAGGAAGCCCAAGCGGAGACCGAAGCGAGGGAAGCGAAGCUGCGAGAGAUACGCAUCAAGCGCAGGCUGGUCGCCCUGAGGAAACGAAGAGCCCAGGUGUAA